AUGAAUAUGACAAAAUCAAACCAACCCAGGUGUUCCAAGAGUACGAGGAGCAGGGAAGAGGGGACCUAUGAGGAACUGAAGGCCGAGGAGGAAGAGAUGAACACUAAAUCUAUUAAAGCUAUUAGAUGUUGGGGAACCGAAUUCCAAAUCCUGGUAUUUCGGCAAACAUCAUCGAAUUCAUCGUGCAUUCAUUUUGAUGAGACUCUAAUACCACAAGGGAUGGAGAUAUCCUCUCCUUCCGAGGCUUGCGGUCUUAGCUGCUACUUCUCGCACCUCAAAUGGGAGCAAAUGGCUGCCGGUCUGACGAGCGGUGCCGUGACCACAGCCAUCCUCCAUCCACUAGAGCUGGCCAAAAUUCGUCUUCAAGUGAAUGAGGGCUACGGAGCGGUUAAGAUCCGACCCGUGAGCUCCCAUUUCGUUGGGACCCUGCGUGAAAUUUACAGGGUGAAGGGUUUUCCUGGUCUUUAUCAGGGUGCUGCGCCCAACUUAAUGGGUAACGCGGUCUCUUGGGGCCUUUACUUCCUAUUUUACGGUGCGCUCAAGAACUAUGCCCAAGAUGGUGAUGAAUCUAAGAUGUUAGGAUCAGGUGAAUACCUUGCCCUGGCUGGUGUUUCUGGCGCGGUGGUGCUGUGGCUGACGAAUCCCAUAUGGGUAGCAAAAACUCGCAUGUGUCUACAAUACGAGACGCUGGGAGCUUCGUAUCGUCUGACCACGUGGAGCACCCUAAUGGAAGUGUGGCGGACGGAGGGCAUCCGUGGCUUCUACCGCGGCGUUGUGCCUGGCAUGAUAGGCGUCUCCAGUGGGGCGGUGCAGUUUUUGCUCUACGAAGAGCUGCGCAACUUCUACAACUGUCGCUGCCGCCAACGCACUAUUGACACUCAUUUGAAAGCCUCUGAAUAUCUUCUGAUAGGAAUAAUUUCCAAGGCAAUGGUCCUUUCACUGACAUAUCCCCAUCAGGUCGUGCGAACGCGUCUGCAGGAGCAACAUCGAAAUUACUCCAGUCUAGCAAACCUCCUCAAGACCAUUUGGAGCUACGAGGGUGCACGUGGUUUCUAUAAGGGCCUUCUGGCCAACAUUUUGCGAACAGCUCCAUCAGGUGGUCUGAUGUUUGUGAUCUAUGAAAACUGCUACAAGUGGCUGACUGCGCUGAGGUAA